ACGCGCGAUUGGAUGGUGGUGAAUGUAAGAGCGCUGAACAAAACCGCGCAGUACGUGUAUGGUUUAUGUGCAAUAAUCGUGGCGUCGCUCCUCGCUUAAAGAAGAACCAGUUCUUGCGCGUACUUUUGAGCGUAAGCGAGCUUGUUUUGAUUGGGCUUCCUUUUUUUUAUUAUUUGAAAAGAACUGCAGCAUACGCCCUAGGUGCAUCUCGUGCGCGUGGAAGAUUUCAAAUCCGGAGUGAAUCUACAGGAGGUGUAUGAUUCAACCAUGGGUGAAUACCAGAGUGAGAAGCGUCUAGCCUAUCUGUAUCCCCUUAUCGGGGCGUUAUCAAUAAUUUGCUGCAUUUCAACGGCCGUGUCAUGGCAUCACUGGCGUUACGUGCUGGACACUUGCGUCGAGACCAACUGCGGAUGCAUCCUUAAUGGGUUGAGCACGCCGACGUACUUUACCGGAGGCCACAUCGCGUACUGCCACUGGGCCACUUAUGGGCUCAUUUUGCCCAUUAUCUUCUGCUUCAUAUUCGGAAUAUUCCACGUCUUUCGGGUGUGCUGCGGAAGGCCCAGAGGCAACACCUCAACGGCAAUGGUCAGGCAAAGAUCUGGCGACAUGAUCGUCAUGACCACCAAGACCGACGUAACCGACGAGGACGACAUCAGCCCGUACUACUGGAUCCCGGUGGCCAUCAUCGGCAGCGUCAUGGCCCUCUUCACGCUCGUCCACGCCGCCAUGUACCUCGACGGGUUCCUGACCAGCUGCAAGCAGUAUCGGAACGAAAUCAUCAAGUACAUACACGCCACCGGUCCACUCGUGGCCGCCGUCCAGGGCCGACUGUCCUGCUCUUCGGUGUUUGACUUCAUGGACUAUCUGCACCAGGACGUGGCCUGGGACCGGCGUCGCGAGGGACGCAUCAACACGGCCGCCUCGCUCAUCAUCGGCAUCAUCUGCACGUGGAUCUGCAUCGGGCUGUGGAUCUGGACCGUGGUCAUCGCAGCGAAACGUGCCCGCGCCAGUCGUCGGGUGCGAGUUUAAUCAGUUACAUACACAUUCCAUUUUUCAUCACAACUGAACCACACAGCAGGAACCAUGUGCCUUAAAAAAAAACUUGCGUAGUAUUAACACGUCUGGAUAGAAAGGCGUAUUUUUAAUGAAACGACACAAAAUAUUACAAAUCGAAUGCACAUUUUU